AUGAAUGCCUAUGCUAGUCCAAAGCUAAUUUGGACAAUAAUUGGAGCCGCAUUCGCUUUUGUCUCAAUAAUUGCGAUUACACCAGAGCCAUACGAAGUCUACAAAAAUAGAACGAACUUCGGGUUAUCACCUCUAUUUACUUUUGCCGACCAUAUUAGUAUGUGGCUACUUGUUCAAAACUUUUUGUGUUUGAAUUACCAUGAACUAGUUGGAAUUUUCCAGCAUGACUUUUCUGAAACAUUUCCAACAUUAAUCGUUUUUGUGGAGUUUAUUGGACAAUGGAUAAGCUUUAUGCCGACAGUGUUCAUGAUGCUACACUAUGAUGAUAGAGAGCACAAUAAAUUCAAUACACCUUCAAAGAAAUUCAUAUCAAAAUUGAUAAAUAACGGCUUAGUUAUAUUAAACAUUACAAUAGUCAUCACAAUGCUCAUGGUAUGGUUAAUAGUUGGAAUAGUUAAUAGUUUCGAGUGUGCGUUCAUCAACUACUAUGGUCAGGUUUGCGGAUUUGUUUCCACACUACUUGUAUUCAUUCAAUACGUCCCACAGUUUAUAGUAACAAUUAAGAUCAGAGAUAAUGGAUCUUUAUCACUUCUAAUGCUCGAAAUAUUAGGUCCUACAGAAAUUAUGAAUGGCAUUUAUAUGGCUGUCGUUCUUAAAGAAGGCUGGUCCACAUAUCUUGCAAGUUUUGCAGAAGGUGCUUUUCAACUUACACUUCUUCUUUUAUGUGCUUUGUUCAAAUUAUAUAAUAAAAUCAAAAAGCCAGAACCAAACUUCCCGGAUUUAUCAUCGACUGUUUUAUCACCAAUCAUUCCAGUAAAUAUACCAUGA